AUGGAACGCUUCGAAUACAAUGAGGACGUAGUUUAUGUGAACGGAGGUUUAAAAGACGAUAAAGUUAAUCCCUAUUACGAUCAAGAUAGUGAAUUACGAUCUCAAAUCAAAGAAAUUGAUGAAAGAUUUAAGAGUAUCAAAUUAAGUGAAGAGAAGCUCAUCGAUAGACAGACACAUCCACAAUCUGUAUAUACUAGCAGAUACUUAUGUUAUGAAAAUCUCCCUGAGCCUACCAAUCUUGAUUGUGCAAAUAAUCUACUUUCAGAAGAUUUUGGUUGUAUUGACGAUAUACCUUUUGAAAACUAUUACUUGUCGC